CCAAAAAUUGUGGCCCAUAUAUUUCAUCUGUCACUAGCCAGAGUGUGAACUUGAUGAUUCGAGGAGUAGUCCUAUUUUUUUAUUGGAGUAUUUCUUGCAUUAGUGUUAAAUUUGCUUCAGAUUCAGAGAAAUGUGACGCUCUUUCCACCCGAUGUGAUUGCAAGCAUCUUUUCUUCUGCAUGCUGUGAUUGGGUUAUUAUACCCCUGCAUUGACAGGCAUCUAGGAGAACCACAUAAAUUUAAAAGAGAGUGGUCCAGUGUAAUGCAGUGUGUAGCUGUCUUUGUUGGUAUAAAUCAUGCCAGCGCUAAAGUGGAUUUUGAUAACAACAUACAGUUGUCUCUCACACUGGCUGCACUAUCCAUUGGACUGUGGUGGACUUUUGAUAGAUCUAGAAGUGGUUUUGGCCUUGGAGUAGGAAUUGCUUUCUUGGCAACUGUGGUCACUCAACUGCUAGUCUAUAAUGGUGUUUAUCAAUAUAUAUCUCCAGAUUUUCUGUAUGUUUGUUCUUGGUUAUCAUGUAUUUUUUUUUUUGCUGGAGGCAUAACAAUGGGAAAUAUUGGUCGACAACUUGCAAUGUAUGAAUGUAAAGUUAUUGCAGAAAAAUCUCAUCAAGAAUGAAGAUGGCAAAAAUAUAUCUUUUUGUACAGAAAAACAAGAAGAGGGCAUGUAAAUGAUAGAUAUAUCAACAAACUAAGGACUAUAAAAUUGCCAGGAUGCAAUUUUUUCCUUGAUCAGUGUGUAUAGAUAAU